GCAUGUGGGUAACUCUUAAUCAAUCAGCGUUUUGGAAGCAUGAGUAAUUUUCCACACUGAGAAUGCGUGAAAUCAAUUGUGUUUUAAUUAGAUUUUACCAAUGCCUACAUUAAUCUAUAUUGAUGAUGCAGGGUUUUUCUAACUUACACGGAUUUUUAUUGAUUGCAUUUUAUCGAUUGAAUUUGCAACAAAAUAAUUAAAUUUGCAAUUUUAAUGUCUUUGAUACCGCUGGUUUUAUUUCCAAGAAAAAUGGAAAGUUCAAUCCUAACUCAGAUGUCCCUAUGCCUGAUUUUAUUUUACUUCAACACUGGUGCUCUGUGCAGUGUGGAAAACUUUCAUUAUAAAAAAAUAAAUGAAAUCCUGGACAAAAUUCCAGUGGACGAAGCAAUAUUUUCCUCGGUCAACAGUUCGCCGAUAAGAUGUGUCCAAAGAUGCAUCCGCUCACCAAACUGUAUGUCCGUGUUCUUAUCCGGUGAUUUUUUGUGUCGCGGGUAUUCCGUUGUGUAUGAGAAAGAUUCCCCAAAUCUUACUGCCAAAAUAGGCGCUUCCUGUUACGCAGUUCAUGUUUUAGAGGAUCCUGUUUUUGAUUGCACCCUUAAAGGAUAUGCAUGGCAUACGGAAUUAUCUAUUUGCUACAAAAUCCACAGACAAAAGAAAUCCAUCAUUGAUGCUAUUGCACUGUGCAGUCUCGAGCAUCUGCGCAGUCGGUUAUUGCUCGUGGAUUCAGACGACAUGUACAAUUUCCUCAUCGACAAAAUGGUUUCGGGCCACCUUGGAUCGUUAUAUGUGCAAGGCAGACGCAUUAGCGAAACCAGUUUUGUCGAUGACGUUGGAAAAACGAUGACGUAUUUCCGGUGGGGCGCAGAUGAACCUAAGACCGGUACAUAUCUCCUCGUUGAUGUCGUCACACUUCUACAGGAAGCAUCUUCAGGAGAGACGUCUUACGGUCACAUCUGUCGAGUCUAUUGAUAACGUUAUCCUUUAUUUUAUUGCGUAUGACAAGAACUUUACUGAUUUGAAAACAGUGGAGAACAAUAAUUCUUUUCUUUUUGUUUUAUGACAAUAAA